GACAGGGGGAGGAUUUUAACAUUGGAGACCAACAAGCAUAAACGAUGGAUCAAGGAGGCCAUCGAGAUCAGGAAGCGGGCGAGCUGCUCCAUGAACCGGGACGAGGGGGACUACACCCUCUAAUACCUGGGACUCCAUCCUCCAGAGACCACCUGACGGCGGGGGGCGUGGCCUAUCUGACAGAUUCUGACAGCUCUGUCAGACCAGCCACAUGAUAAAAAGGACACGUCAGCACACGUCAGAUGACGCUCUGAAGAAGACUGCAGUUGCAGUUGAAACAUGUCAGCUAAGACAGAAGUCACCAUGACUCCACUUCUAUCUGGAGAGCAGAAACCUUCCUCCACCUGAGCAGAUUUUGAAACAACCACGAAGAUGUACCUGCUGCCCCGGAUGCUGCUGCUGUUGCUGCUGUCAGCUGGAACCAGUCUGGCUGUGAAUACUAACUGGUUGACUGGUAUUGUAGCAGCCCUCCAGAGAGAGUACAAGAUAACUGCACCGUCUGACAGACCUGGCCAGGACAGGAGGAAAAGUCAGUUCUGUGUGGCUGUAAACAUCCCAAAGGGUCAGGAGCCAGACACACUGAUGAACCAAGUCCCUCAGAACGACCGCUACUCUCAACGUCUUCAGGAAGAACUUGACUCUGAACGACUGCACGUAGGAACUGCUAUGGUUCUAGCUGUACCUGCAGGUGCAAAACAUGCUGAAGUUUCAGUCCUACAAAACUUGAAUCAACUGAUGAGGAACGCCCGAGGAAAUGUCCUGGUCAUCUACUCCUUCCUCUCCCCAUGCAGCAAGUGUACAGACCCCACAAAUAAGUUCAGCAUCAUUAAGCUGAUCAAAAACAAAGUCCUGAACCACUGGGAUGAGUACGCCUUCGUGUUUACCGGUCUCUUUAACAAGCCGGCUUAUUCAAUGGAAGGUGAAUCUGGUACACGUGACAAGGACGAGUUAGCACAAUCCCUUACUAAUCUGGGCGACUCUGGGUUCGGUCUCAGAAACAUCUUCCGCUGUUUCGAACCACAGACAGAGUUUCAGUGCUACAGCUGCUCGUCUGGGCAGCAGGUCGCGAAUGUUUGCAUUGACGACAACGUUCAGCCUCAAGAGGGAGGAAGCAGAAGCAGCAGAAGCAGUGAUAGAAACAGAAGGAGAAGCAGCAAUAGAAGUAGGAGCAGCAGCAGCAACAAAGAUAGAGGUAGAAAGAGACGCAGAUACAGGACUGCGAGUGAAAGCAGCAGUGGCAGUGAUCGAAGUAGAAACUGGGACAGGAGCAACAGGAGGAGGAGCAGCAGUGGAGGUUAAAAGAUUUCAGGGUCUGAUACGAUUCAGGUCAAUCAAACUUGUAUCAUCCCUGAACUCAAUCUGAAUGAGAGAAAAACCUCCUUCAUGCCAAAAAAAACGCAGCGUUUUCUGCUUCAUUGAGCAAAGCUAAAAGCAAGUGCAGAAUAUUUAGUCUGAAGCUCGUACCUUCCUAACACGUUCGAAAUGCAUGUGUUCGUUGAGUUAAAUCUCCAAAAUGACAUCAUUUGUCUGUCCGAAAUUGCAAAAACAGACGGAAAUGUUGGGUUUUCUGACAGUCAUUGGGUUAGGGUUAGGGUUAAGAUUCAGAAUCACUUUAUUCGACAUGUCUUGUUGAAAACUCUCACCAUUUGCACCAGAUUCUACAACUAAGAGGUCUGAGCUCUUCAAGUGAACUGCAGGCAGUGUUUUCACAUUGUAGAGAGGAAACGACGAGAAACUCAAAAUUGUCCAAAAUAACUCAAAAAUUGUCACUUUGAACAAAUUUUGAACAGUUUAUGUUGUUUUGGAGAAUUCUUGAGUUGGUUUGGACAAAGUUUCAAGUGAUUUUUUUCAAUACUUUGGGCUAUUUUGUGUAAUUUUGGACAAUUUAUUGUCAAGUUUCAAAUCUUUCUGAACACUUUCAGAUUGGAGGAAAAUCUAACCUAAAAGGAUCAAUAAAAUAAAUGCAGCAUGACCCAGAAAUGGUGAACAGAGCAGCAAGUUGUUGUUGGAAGAUACAUUCAGCAUGGUGAACAUCUUUCUACAGAUAAUGAACAGACUCAGAAUUGUCCAUAAUGAGUCAAAUUGUCCAGUAGGACUCAAAUAUUGUCAUUUUGAACCAAUUUGGGGGUCAUUUAGAACAUUUUUCAAAUCAUUUUCAACAGUUUUUCAGUAAUUGUUGGCUUUUUUUGUUACUGUGGACCAAUUUUGUGUUACUUUAGGCAAGUUUGAGAUUAUUUUCAGCAGUUUCAGACUGAGAGGAAGUUAAAAUAUAGUGGAUCAGUACAAUAAAUGCAGCAUGGCUCAGUAACAGUGAACAGUGGAGCAAGUUGUUGGACGAUACAUUCAGCAUGGUGAAACAUCUUUCUACUGAUGAUGUAAAAAGUAGAGAAAAUGUUUGUAAUCAUUUGUGGUAUUCUAACAUAGAAGAGUUUUCUUCUUCAUGGUUGUUCUGUUUCCAUUGAGGUGCAGGAUUUUAUAAAAAAAAUGUGACAGAAGUGGGGAAAAAAACUCCCAGAACUUGCUGUUUGAAGUUCAGAGGAUGAAAGUAAAAUUCUGUAAAGACAUUAAGUCAUUUUGUGUUUCUCUAAAUGAAUCUUUAACUGCUUUGUUCUUCUGAAUAAAACUCAGCUUCAGC